AUGCCUUCCAACUUUGUGACACCAGCGGCCAAGAGGGUGGUCAUCUACCGAAACGGGGACCCCUUCUUCCGGGGCCGGCGGUUUGUGGUGAACCCACGCCGGGUCCUGACCUUUGAGGCUUUCCUGGCCGAGGUCACCACCUCCGUGGGGUCCCCCACGGCCGUGCGGGCCCUGUACACCCCGCGACGCGGCCACCGCGUGACCGAGCUGGGGCAGCUGCAGGCCGGAGGCGGCUACGUGGCCGCCGGUUUUGAGCGCUUCAAGAGGCUUGACCAUGGGCCCUGCAGUGGGAUGCUGCGGGGAAGGUGUGAGGUGCCGAUGGAGAGCAGCACCUCCAGUCCGGUGGCCCGCCAGGCCAGCGGCAACUACCACCGAUCGGCCUCGGGAAGUGAACCGUGGGCCGGUGGUGGGAGGCGGGUGUCGGAUGCGAGCCGUGACCGGACCCCCAUCUCUCCCACCUCCAGCUAUUUAAACCUGGGCGGGAAGCCUAUCGGCGAUGGGAGUGGUGGCCACGGCGGCCAGACCCCGGCCCUGCGCCUGCAACUGGCGCCGCCGCCCCCCGCCGCCCGCCGCCGCUGGGCGGCGCUGCUGAGCCGGCUGACCGCCCGGGCCGCCCUCCCCCGCGGAGCCGGCUCUGAGGCGGUUUCCUAUGUUCUAUCCCUCCUAUGCUCGCUAACUGGGAGCGUGGGUUUUCUGCUUGGGUCUCUGGCCCGUCCCUGCAGGGGACCCUCUUUCCUCUCUUCCCCCCACAGGCUCUGUACGCUGGCCGGGGUCCCGAUCUCCGAUGAGACGGCGCUCGUCAACGGAGACUACUACGUGGCCGUGGGAGAGGAGGAGUACCUGCCCCUGCCCUACUCUGAGAUGCUGCUGCCUAGCCCUUCCCUGCCCCCAGGCCCCCGGUACCUGGGGCGGAGGGGUAGCGAGGCUGGACAGUGGGGAGCGGGGCGGGGGUUCAGAGAGGCUUGGCGCUGCUCCUGCCCUUUUGUGGGGUGGGAGUGGCCAGAGCCCCUGGUGCCCCCGAUACAGAGGUGGAGGAAAGCUGACAGAGGUCCAGGAAGGUGGGCUAAACUUCCCCGCAACACCAGUCUGAGGCAAACUAAGGCAGCUGGGACCGCAGGGUGGGCCCAUCUCCACGGGAGCGGAGUAUCAGCCAACUCUCUCUCCUCUCAGGUUAAAGGGAGGCAGGUUCGGCUCACUGGAGCAAGGGAGGUGGGCGGAGUUGGGGCCUCCCCUCUGUCAUCCCGGUGCCGGCCCCGGGGGGAGCCAGGCCCAGGAGAGGACACGUCGACUUUCUAUGCCAGGCCUGGUGGCAUGGGACUCCAGGGGGGCAGACCCCUGCCUUCUGAGCCUGAAGGAAGCGUGUACACAGCCAGAAAUACGAGGAGGGAGGUCAGGGGUGCCCAGGAAGUGGUGGAGGACGAGGCUACGUGGACGGAGAUUCCGCUGGACCAGGUUCGGGCCCUCUUUCCCCUCUUUGUCGCUCCCCCCACCCCCCAGGACCAAGUGGAGGUUCUCAGGGGCAGCAGCAGCGGAGGCUGCCAUCCCACUGCCCGAUCCCUGAGGGCUGGUGGCAGCAGUGCGUGCCCAGGGUGGGCAACUAGUCGGGUAGAGUCGGCCUCCUCCUCUGGCAUCGCGGGCCCAGCUCGGUGGGCCAGAGGAAAGCCCCCACAGCCCAGUUCUGCCCCAGACUAGGGUGGGAGGGGGGGAGAAGAGGGCUGGGCUGGAGCUGAGGCGC